AUGACUAACAUCCUCCUAAGGUUAUGGGUCCUUCGGCGACCACUCAUCCUGAUUUUAACGCCUCUUGUGCAUUUACCAGUUGUGUUUCUAUUGCCUCCUAAGGAGGGAAGAUGUCUCUAUAUAAUUCUGAUUAUGGCUACAUUCUGGUGCACCGAAGCAUUGCCGCUUGCAAUAACUGCACUGCUCCCCAUCAGCCUCUUCCCGCUUUUUGGAAUUCUGCCUUCGUCAAUGACCUGCCCUAUGUAUUUUGUUGACACAAAUGCUUUUUUCCUUGGUGGUUUGAUCAUGGGCGUGACGAUUGAAGAUUGGAAGCUGCAUCACAGAAUAGCGCUCAACCUCCUCAGAUUUUUGGGGGUUAAUCCUUUCAUGAUUAUACUGGGAUUGAUGCUGACCGCUUCCCUCCUGUCUAUGUGGCUGAGUAACACAGCCACUACCACCAUGAUGCUGCCUACAGCCACUGCCAUCCUUAAGCAGCUGCAAGGUGAUGAUGACGAAAAGCAACAGCUUGGGACCACUAACACAGAGGAACCACAAAACAAUGAAUCAGCUGCCGAGGAGAUUAAUGAUAAUCAAGAAACAGCAGAUGAAAGGAAGAACGAGGUACAGGAACUUGAAAUUGAAGGUCCAGCCCAGCCAACUGAACGUGACAUGGUGUAUGACAAGGACUUCGCCAAGGGUAUACUUCUCUCCAUCCCAUAUGCUGCCACUAUCGGAGGGAUAGCCACCUUAACAGGGACACCACCAAACCUUAUCCUUGAUGGUCAGGUGAAACGCGCUUUCCCUAAUUUGGACGAUUUGAAUUUUGUCUCCUGGUUCCUGUUUGCCUUCCCUGUCUUUUUGGUAUUCCUGGUACUUACAUGGCUCUGGAUCUCCAUCCUGUACGGAGGACUCAACCUAAGAUCAUUGAAGAAGAAAAGAAAAAAUAAGGAGGCAGAAGCUAGAAUGAAGGCUGCAAUCCGUUCAGAAUAUGCUCAGCUGGGUCCUAUGACAUUUGCUGAGGUUGCUGUGACUAUAUUCUUCAGCCUGUUUGUGAUUCUUCUCUUCACAAGAGACCCCAAGUUCGUACCAGGUUGGGCGCAAGGCUUUCAACCCAAGCACAUCACCGAUGCUGUGGUUGCAAUAACACUCAUUAUUUUGAUGUUCGUCUUCCCCUCACGGAAGCCUUCGUUCAAAUGGAAGACAAAUCCUGAAGAGCCAAUUACUCCGAACCAGCCACUGUUGACUUGGCGAAAGGUUCAACACAAGAUACCUUGGAAUGUAAUAUUACUGAUGGGUGGAGGAUUUGCGAUCGCAAAAGCAAUUAAGGAAUCAGGGCUGUCUAACUGGAUUGGAACCCAUCUGCGUCCUCUGGAAUCUAUCUCACCCAGUAUAGCUGUCCUGAUUAUCUGCCUGGUCAUUGCCUCAUUCACUGAAUUCUCCAGCAACACUGCCUCAAGUGUAAUCUUUCUGCCUAUUUUGGCUGAACUGGCUGUGCGUGGCAAGCAGCACCCUUUGUAUCUGAUGGUCCCGGGGACAGUAAGCUGCUCAUUUGCCUUCAUGCUGCCGGUGGCAACAGCUCCGAACGCCAUUGUCUUCAGCACAGGGCACUUACGAGUCAAGGACAUGGUGAAGGCGGGAUUGAUGCUGAACAUCCUGGGAAUCAUCCUAGUUAACAUCGCCAUCAACACAUGGGGCCACCUCAUCUUCAAGUUCUCAACAUUCCCUAAAUGGGCGGGGACGUACAUAAACAACACCAACAGAGCAGCCAUGAGCGUGAACCUGGUUCUUAUGACUACAUCAGAUUGA